CCCGCUAGCGCGUCUAAGUGCCGAGGCCUCGUCCCCGACUCCGACUCCCAACCGACCUAUCGCCGCCGCCGCCAGCCGUCGGCUCCGCCGCAUCCCACAGGGGACCGAGCCACCCAUCCAUCUAGGCCUGUACGUCUCUAUCCCGCGGGCCACGGCCGGCGCCGCCGCAGCCUGCAGGGGACCGAGCCACCCAGGCCUUCACUGGUCUACCUCUACGCCUCCACCCCACGUCCUCACGGAGGCGCGGACCGACGGCGUCGACUCUCUUGUCCAUUGGCAGCGUACGCGCCUCUCCUCCACGCCACUCCACGCGCCGCCGUGCCUCUUGUCAGCUCCACGCGACGCGCCGACGCACCUCUCCUCCACGCGACGCGGCCGCGCCCACCAGCUUCCCUCCACGACAUCAGCUGCCGCCAGUCCGACAGACCCAACGGCCAUCAGGUGCUCCAUUCCCGGCCGGUGACGACAGUAAGAGGAACAUGUCAAUGCAGACUAUAAAACGCUUGCCGAAAAGUGUUCAUAGCUCCUUGCGCUCAAGCAUUGUUCUGUCUGACCUACUUAGGGUCGUUGAGGAGUUGAUAUAUAAUAGCAUUGAUGCAAAUGCGAAAAAGAUUGACAUCUCACUAAAUGUCAGAUCAUGUUAUGUUAAAGUGGAAGAUGAUGGUUGUGGUAUUACUCGAGAUGAAUUGGUUCUGUUGGGAGAAAAAUAUGCAACAUCCAAGUUCCAUGAUUCCAUGGGUGAUGGGGAAUCUGCUUCUAGAAGUUUUGGAUUAAAUGGAGAGGCACUCGCAUCACUCUCUGAUAUCUCUGUGGUUGAAGUCAGGACGAAAUCUCGUGGGAGACCAAAUUCAUACUGCAAGAUAAUAAAGGGAUCCAAAUGCUCGCAUCUGGGAAUAGAUGACCAGAGGGAAGCUGUUGGCACAACAGUUGUUGUUCGGGAGCUUUUUUACAACCAACCAGUCAGGAGAAAACAAAUGCAAUCUAGUCAUAAAAGAGAACUGCAGAAUGUGAAGAAGUGUGUCCUGCGAGUUGCACUUAUUCAUCCACAGAUUUCAUUCAGACUUCUUGACAUUGACAGCGAAGAUGAGUUGCUAUGUACAGUUCCUUCAUCAUCCUCUUUGCCUCUUAUAUCAAACAGUUUUGGGAAUGAUGUUUCCAGUUGUCUUCAUGAAAUAUCUACCUCAGAUCAGAACUGGGCUCUUUCAGGGCACAUAUCUGGACCAACCGAUGUCUUCUCUAAUAAGGAUUUCCAGUACUUGUAUGUCAACUCAAGAUUCGUCAGUAGAAGCCCAAUACAUAAUAUUCUGAAUAAUCUGGCAGCUACUUUCCAGUCUUCCAUGAUAAGGACGAAUGGAGAAAACGAUGUUCAGAGCCGGAAGAGGCAGAAGACUGAUGUCUACCCUGCAUAUCUGCUAAACUUCUUCUGCCCUAGAUCUAGCUACGAUCUAUAUUAUGAGCCUUCAAAAACUGUUGUGGAGUUCAAGGACUGGCAAAGUAUAUUGUUUAUCUUUGAAGAUACUAUCAUAAACUACUGGAAGAAGCAUGUACCACAACCAUCCAAAGGCAAAGCGAUUGAUACCUCUGUGCCUCUGAAAUGUGAUGGGAAGUCCAAUGGGAGCCUCCUAAGGCAUCAGAAUGUGCAGAACAAGGAAGACGAUGUUGACUUACACAAACGCUCUCUGCAGAAGAGUGUGGUCAGAGAAAGCAAUGUUUGUAUGGAUGCAGCAACAGGACCUAAAGACUCACAUUCCUUUUCUUUCGAUAUGAAGCCAUCCUCAUGGCAUGUCUGCUACCCUGACCAGAUCAUCGGUGCAUCCAAACACUCUGACAAUGUUGAUAGUAAUGAUCAGAUAUUUGGGCAUACACAAGCACGUGUUCCUGAAAGCAUCAGUCAUCAGUGGUUAAAGGGUGGUUCUUCCCAGUUAGAAGACUGUGAUCUUUCAUGUGCUAACCCAACUGUUUGGAAAAAGCGACGAGUGGAAGGUAUAUUCCAUGGGCAUGAAUAUUCCUGUAAUUUUGUCAAGUCCAAAGAUGUACAAACAAUAGGCCUUUCAGCUGAUGAUCAAGAGUCUGAGAUAAUUGGUCCAGAAAUUGAUCUCCAAGACCCUUGCUUUGGGGUUCUCAGUACACCAAACAGAAUUACCUGUGAUUUUAUGCAAAACGAAACCAAUAUAAAGGCAAACAUGUCUGUCUUUGAUGGGUUCUAUGCUGAAUUUUGUAAACUAAAUGAGGAUUGCCUACUCAAUGACGUUACGAAGACAAUAGCUGAUGUUUCUUGCCCUGAAAUGUCGCAUUCCAGUGAUGGAUUCUAUCAUGAAGAUCGUAGCACCUCUAGUGUCCUGAAAAGGUGCAGCGCAAGAAAGAAGUUAGGGAAUGCAGUGGGAUAUGUUGAAGACCUUGAGGCUAAUACAGUUGCCCAUAUAAACUUCCCUGAAAUACAAGCAAGGUGGGGAAGUGACGACAUUGAUAGGUCCUCCAUCGAAGAUACAUACUUCCAUUUCUCUCAUCCAUUUUCAUUGGCUGAUACACCUCAUAGUCACAGUCAUGCAAGGACUGACUUGGAAUUGCACGGGGAAUCAAAUAAGAGCUUUGCUUAUUGGAGUUCUGAAAAUAUUGACAGUGAUUUUCAAUCUUCUUUGGAAAGAUAUAUCAGUGAUUCACGAAGAACAAGUGAAGGACCUAAACAUUUUAAUAACUUUGAUGAAGAAACUCAGUCGCUUAAUUACUUCAAUCAUGAUAAUUGUUUUGUCGGCCAGUUUGUUUCUGAAGAUUGUCAGGUACCCUGGAAAUCAAAAUUUGAUGCAACAUUAUCAUACAAUAUUUCUCCCGAGAAAAGUACUUCUGGUUGCCAGUUGAAUGUUUCUUCUCCCCAAAUGGCAAAAGACAGUGCGCUUAUUGAAGAUCAACUGUGUCAACAAAAUUUUGGAUUUGGUUGGAGAUCCAGGCUUUCCAAGGGUAGUAGAUCUAGGAGUCAUUCUGCUCCACCAUUUUACAGAGGCAAACGAAAAUUUCCUGGAUUGAAUGAGCAUCUGACCAAAUUGACAGCAGAACAUGAUAAAGCUAUCCCGAUUAAUGACAAAGAAGAUGCCACACCUGCACCCGAGGAUAUCUCACAAAUGAGUGCAACCCAGCCUAUUCCUGAGACUAGUAGCAGUGAUUUUUCUGCCCUAAAUCUCAGCUUGAAAGGAAAUGUGAAAAUGUGUGAAGAGACAUAUUCUGAUGGGCUUGAAAACUCUACUGCGCAAAUAACUAAAUGGCGAGAUGACUCGGACCAGCAUACAGCUUUGAAGUUGCCACAUGUUCCUUCUGAAUGCUUCAACGACGUACUUAGCAUUUCUUCCGGGCCCUUAAAUCUCUCUUGUAGCUCGCUAGUUCCAGAAUAUAUUGAUAAAAAGUGCUUUGAGGAGGCAAGAGUUCUGUUUCAGCUAGAUAAGAAAUUUAUUCCUGUCAUAUCUGGGGAGAUGCUGCUACUUGUUGAUCAGCAUGCAGCUGAUGAAAGGAUACGCUUGGAGGAGCUUCGUGGCAAGGUUUUAUCAGAUGAAGACCGAGGAAUCACUUACUUGGACUCAGAGGAGGAUAUGGCUCUCCCUGAGACUGGAUUUCAAUUGUUCCAGAAGUACAGUGAGCAGAUUCAGAAAUGGGGCUGGAUCAUCAACGGUUCUAGCAGUUCUUCUCAAUCAUUCAAAAAGAACAUGAACAUUCUGAGGAGACAAGCCCGUCUAGUUGCUCUUACUGCUGUUCCAUGUAUUUUGGGCGUCGAUUUAACAGGAAAAGAUCUUAUGGACUUUAUUCAGCAGCUCGAUGAGAGUGAUGGGUCAUCAACUAUUCCCCCAGCAGUUCUCCGUAUUCUUAAUUUCAAAGCUUGCAGAGGAGCAAUUAUGUUUGGCGAUCCCUUGCUACCGUCCGAGUGCUGUCUGAUCAUCGAAGAACUGAAAGCAACAUCUCUGUGCUUCCAGUGUGCACAUGGGCGUCCGACCACAGUGCCCAUCGUGAACGUUGCAUCCCUCCGCGACGAGCUCGCGAGGCUUGGGACGCUGAACGGGAGGAGUCAGACGGAGCCCUGGCAUGGCCUGUCGCACCACGGACCCUGCCUUGAGCGCGCCCAGACUCGCCUUAAACAGCUGAGGAGGCUACGCCGUGGCGGCCUGUAGGAUGUAGCCACUAGCUAGCAGGAAGAUGAGGUCGAAUAGCCCUACGAAAUGUGAUCUGUAGGAAGUGAUAGACACUGUACAGUAGCCAUUCGUUUUCUGAUUGUCGAAAACCAAUUAUUUUCAUGUAAAUACGAACAUGCGCCUUGGUUUAACCAGGUCAGCAGACUAGCAGAGGGAUUAAUAGAAAAAAUCUAAUAGCUUUGCUGGCCUAUAGAAAAUUUCUUCUAUGGCUCUGGUGAAGCCAUGCACUUUAGGCUGCAUUUGGUAUUGUGGCGGACUAACACAAUAAUGUUUUUGCUCCACCCUUUAUUAUUUGGUUAACCAAAUUUUCA